GAAGAAGCGGUUCCUGCUGAUUUGGGUUGGACUUGGAAAAACCAUUCCCAACUGCUCCCAUGUUCUGAUCAGAGAAGCAAAUUUCCAUCCCAAGCUUCUGGUUUUUGUAGAAAUAAAUAAAAAAAGCUCUUCUUUUGUGAUUUUUGUUCUAAUUUAUUAGCACCCAAAUGUUUGUUUUUAUAAGUUAUUUUCUCCCAACCAUGUCCCCACAUUACUCCCUCUCAUCUAUGUCAAAGAAAACAAAAAAAGAGUAGGAAAAUGGAAGUUUGACCUGUGGCUGCGAUCCGGGUCAUGCAAGCCGAAGCCAGAUCUCUGAAACAAAUACCCAAUUGAAAUCUGGCCCUGGAUUGAGCCAAAAUGAGGGAAUUAUUGGUUUUUGUGGCGAUUUCUUUGGUGGGGUUUGUGGCCGGCAAUGGGCGGAGCAACAACACCGGCACGGCGGCGCCGUGGCGGAUUCACACUCUGUUCUCGGUCGAGUGCCAGAACUACUUCGAUUGGCAAACUGUUGGGCUGAUGAACAGCUUCAAGAAGUCGCAGCAGCCGGGGCCAAUCACCCGCUUGCUAAGUUGCACCGAUGAGGAGAAGAAGAAUUACAGAGGGAUGAAUUUGGCUCCCACUUUUGAGGUCCCAUCCAUGAGUAGGCAUCCAAAAACUGGGGACUGGUAUCCUGCAAUAAAUAAACCUGCAGGGGUUGUCCACUGGCUUAAACAUAGCAAAGAAGCAGAGAAUGUUGAUUGGGUUGUGAUUUUGGAUGCAGACAUGAUCAUAAGAGGCCCCAUAAUACCUUGGGAACUUGGUGCUGAGAAGGGCAGACCUGUUGCAGCAUAUUAUGGUUACUUGGUUGGAUGUGACAAUAUUCUUGCUAAACUGCACACUAAGCACCCAGAGCUCUGUGACAAAGUUGGUGGGUUGUUAGCAAUGCAUAUAGAUGAUCUUCGAGUGUUCGCACCAAUGUGGCUUUCGAAGACGGAAGAAGUACGUGAAGAUAGAGAUCACUGGGCGACCAACAUAACUGGUGAUAUCUAUGGGAAAGGGUGGAUAAGUGAGAUGUAUGGUUACUCGUUUGGAGCAGCAGAAGUUGGUCUCCGACACAAAAUCAAUGACAAUUUGAUGAUCUACCCCGGUUAUAUUCCUCGUCCAGACAUCGAGCCUAUACUUCUUCACUAUGGGUUGCCAUUUAGUGUGGGAAAUUGGUCCUUUAGUAAAUUAAAUCACCAUGAAGAUGGUAUUGUCUAUGACUGUAACCGGCUUUUCCCAGAACCUCCAUAUCCUCGAGAGAUACAACAAAUGGAAUCUGAUCCAAAUAAGAAGCGGGCGCUACUUAUAAAUAUAGAGUGUAUCAACUUAUUGAAUGAGGGCCUAUUGUUGCAACAUAAGCGAAACGAAUGCCCGAAGCCACAGUGGUCAAAAUAUUUAAGCUUUUUAAAGAGUAAAACUUUUACUGACCUAACUAAACCCAAGUAUCCAACCCCUGCUACUCUAGUGAUGAGGGAAGAUCAUGUUCAGAAACAACCGAUGAAGGAAGAUCAUGGUCAGAAACAACCGGUGAAGGAAAAUCAUGUUCAGAAGCAACCGGUGUUUGAUGAGCCGAAUAAAUCACAUCCAAAGAUUCACACACUUUUCUCGACGGAGUGUACUCCUUAUUUCGACUGGCAGACUGUAGGCCUUAUGCAUAGUUUCCGCCUGAGCGGCCAACCUGGAAACAUUACGCGACUUCUCAGCUGUACCAGUGAGGACUUGAAAGAAUACAAAGGUCACGAUCUGGCUCCGACGCAUUAUGUUCCUUCCAUGAAUCGACAUCCACUAACCGGCGACUGGUAUCCGGCCAUAAACAAGCCAGCUGCAGUGCUUCAUUGGCUCAAUCAUGUAAACACUGAUGCAGAAUUUAUCGUUAUUCUUGAUGCUGAUAUGAUCUUGAGAGGACCAAUUACGCCAUGGGAGUUCAAAGCAGCUCGUGGACGUCCCGUUUCAACUCCCUAUGAUUACCUUAUUGGCUGUGACAAUGUGCUUGCCAAACUCCAUACAAGCCAUCCUGAAGCUUGUGACAAAGUUGGGGGUGUUAUUAUCAUGCACGUAGAUGAUCUCAGGAAAUUUGCCAUGCUAUGGUUGCAUAAAACCGAGGAGGUCCGAGCCGACCGAGCUCAUUAUGCAACGAAUAUCACGGGAGAUAUAUAUGAAUCUGGCUGGAUCAGUGAGAUGUACGGUUACUCAUUCGGUGCUGCCGAGCUGCAAUUACGGCACAUUCGAAACAGCAAGAUCUUGAUAUACCCGGGAUACGUUCCUGAAUCUGGAGUUCAUUACAGAGUGUUUCACUAUGGACUUGAAUUUAAAGUGGGGAAUUGGAGCUUUGAUAAGGCAAAUUGGAGGGAAACUGAUGUGGUGAACAAAUGCUGGGCUCAAUUUCCUGAUCCACCAGAUACUUCCACACUUGAUCCAACUGACAAGGAAGCUUUUGACAGGGACUUGCUUAGCAUAGAGUGUAUAAGAACUCUGAAUGAAGCUCUGAAUUUGCAUCAUAAGAAGAUGAACUGCCCCGAUCCCAACUCAUUGGCCAACUCGAACCCGGAAUAUGAAAGUGAAGCUGUGGUUUCGAGGAAAGUUGGCAAGCUUGAUGAAAGCUAUACUGAAAAAGUUGACAAUUUGUCUCGGGAAUUGUCGGAGGAGGCGAAGGAUGAUGGGAUGUUUAGUUCUCUGAGGUUGUGGAUAAUUGCUCUGUGGGUGAUAUCUGGUUUGGUGUUCUUGGUAGUGAUCGUAUCUAGGUUUUCGGGUCGAAAAGGGAAGGGGAUGAGAGGCAAACAUCACAGGAACAAGAGGAGAACCACUUCAUAUUCAGGUUUCAUGGAUCGGAACGGGCAUGAGAAGUAUGUUCGAGAUCUCGAUGCCUCCUUGUAGUAUUUUCCUGCUAAGUGAAUUCAGAAGUUUGUAGACAUGAAAGACAGCGGCAAAGCAACCUGUGGAACAACUCCUCGGGCUGAAUGAGGAUCGCAAGUUCUUGAUUUCGGGUUCUUCAUUUCGUCUUCUAUCAACUUCCACAGAUUUUUCAAGAGUUUGAACAGGAAAAGGAGUUGAAAUUUGGGGUUUGAUACCUCUCUCAGGUUUGUGGAGCCUAUUCUUUUCUGCAGAUAUUAAGACAUUUUGACAUUAGAGAUGAGAAAAAGUAUUUUAUUUUACUUAGUUCACAUAAAAGAUGAGAUCUU